AUCAGACUCAACUACGGCUAACAGCUAGCUGCUAACUGCUAUGCUAUCAAACAGGUUGCUUAGCCAACACACUGUUGCGAUUGGUAGAUAAAUGUAGCAGCGUUGUGACAGGGAAUCUGACAACACAUGGAAUAUCGAGUGAACAUGCGGACAUGUGACUGCGUGUAGGAAAACCUGAAGAUGGACAAGGAGAGCAAACUGUCAUCUGCUGUCCAGUCUCAUGACAACAAACAUCCGAGGAGGCAGGGAAAGGAGCCUGCUGAAACACACAUGAUGAUGUUCCCAAAUCCUUAUGUGUCCUACCAGAGUUUAAGAGGGAGCCGAUCAUCAGGUCAGAGCGCAAAGCAGAGUCCAUCAAAUGGAGUGACAGCAGGAAGAGGAGAUGUGUCAAGGAGUCAUGGCUACAGCAGCAGCCGUCGUGUUAGAGACACCACUGAUGAUUUUCUGCAGAGAGACAGGUUUACACGGGAUCCGCAAGCAAAGACAUCAAAAGGAAGCAGUGGCUCUCUGGUGCAAGGGGGAGUCAUGGGCAAAAUCUUACUGGAUUCACAGAAAAAAGGUUUUAGAGGUGCCAGAUCUGCCCCGAACUCUGCAGGCAAGUCAAAACCAGCACAGGAAGACUUGAUCCCGUUUGAAGUGAAGAUGACUGAUUUCCCGGAGCUGGCUGGUGGUUCCCUGGGCAGAGCUGGUCCUCCUCUUGUUCAGAAGGAGUGUUGGGGUCCAACUCAAACGCAAGCAUCAGCAUCUUCCUGGAGGUCUGUCAGCAGAGGAUCCCCAACACAGCCUGACCCCCAACAAGCUGCCAGUAACGCUAAGUCAGAUUCCUCCACUGCUUCACCAGGUCGGUCGGUGGUUACUUCCUGGGCUAAUGUUGCCUCCCAGCCUCCAAAGAAACCUGUCCCGAAAGAGAAGACAAUCAGCAGCAACCACAUGCAGGCGGAGGAAAUGGCAGCUCAGCAGGACGAGGGAGCUCCAGGGAAGAAAAAACGAAAGAAAAAGAAGAAGAAGGCUAAAGGUGCUGGCGAGGAUGCAGAAGCUGAGUCAGAGGAGCCAGUACUUUACCAGGAGCCUCCAAAAUUUGAGGAUGAAGAAGAGUUUCCAGGCUUGACUCCUGCUGUGACUGUGACUGAUAGAUUGAUAACAAGCAGCUAUGCAGCAAAACUAUGCAAUCAGGAAAACCAAAGAGAAGGUGUGCAGCAUCAGUCUGCCGACCAAACCAAGGACAAAUCAACUGCUGCAAAAUCUCAGCCUGCAGAGGCAGCGAAAAAAGGACAGAAAGCUGAAAAGGUAUCUGGGAAGAAGAGCAAAGCUCCUGUUCAGCUGGACAUCGGAAACAUGUUGGCUGCCCUGGAAAAGAAGCAGUCUCAAAAAGCCAAGCAGGACGCCAAGCCAGUCAUUCUCUCAGUUGGUGGAGGACUACCUGUUGUCCAGAAGCAGCCAUUAGUCCAGAAGAAGCCUCCCUGGCAGCAGGAUAAAAUUGCUCACAACCCCCUGGACUCCACCAGCCCUUUGGUGAAGAAAGGCAAGCAGAGAGAGGUACCCAAAGCCAAGAAACCCACUCCUCUCAAGAAGGUCAUUCUGAAAGAAAGGGAGGAGAGGAAACAGAGACGUCUGCUGGAGGAGAGAGGGCUGCUGCCUGAAGAUGAGUUCAAACCUGCUGAUGAUGAUGCAGAAGAAGAAGAAGAGCAGUGUGACACAAAUACUGCAGCCCCAGAUGAGGUUGGAAGUCCCACAGAGGAACUUGAUGAUGAGUCAGAAUUUAAUGGCACAAACGAGAUCGUGAAAGAGGGAGAUGAGGAGGCAGACAAAGACGAGAACAUAGAGCAAGAAAUCACCUUGCCUGUGCCCUGCCCAGCCAGUCGACCCAAAAUCCACAGCAGAAAGUUCAGAGACUAUUGCAGCCAGAUGCUGAGCAAAGACGUGGACGAGUGUGUAAAGGCUCUGCUGAAGGAGCUGGUCCGUUUUCAGGACCGCCUGUAUCAGAAGGACCCCAUGAAGGCGCGCAUGAAAAGACGCAUUGUGAUGGGGCUCAGAGAGGUCCUGAAGCACCUCAAACUCAGGAAAGUCAAGUGUGUCGUCAUCUCACCCAACUGUGAACGCAUCCAGUCCAAAGGAGGCCUGGAUGAGGCUCUAUACACCAUCAUCGACACAUGUCGUGAGCAGGGGGUGCCGUUCGUGUUUGCCCUCUCCAGGAAAGCUUUGGGUCGCUGUCUCAACAAGGCAGUGCCAGUCAGCCUGGUGGGCAUCUUCAACUAUGAUGGUGCACAGGACUUCUAUCAUAAGAUGAUCGAGUUGUCCUCUGAGGCCAGGAGAGCCUAUGAGGAGAUGGUGUCGAGCCUGGAGCAGAUAGGCCCGGCGGAGGCAGAGGAGGAGGGGAACACUGAGGAGGAGCUGCAGAUCAGUAGCCUGGCUGAGGAGGCUCAUCCCGAACCUGACGCCACACAGCCAGAGGAACCAGAGUACAUUAAAAUUUGGAAGCAAAUGUUGGAGAAGGAUUGCAACCACAAAUUUCUGAACUUUGAGGAGCAGCUGAGCUCCAUGCGCUUGGACAGUGAAUGUACUGAAAACACUGAUGAAGAUGAGAAGAGUUGACAGUGGUGAAUCCCUUUGUGCCUGAAAACAAUGUUAACCCACUCGUGCUGAAACUAGGAUGGACUUGAUCCCACAUGCAGAAAAAGAGCAAUGGAAGGUGCUCUGCUGCAGCAGUUCUUUACCUGGGGGUUUUGUCAGGAGAUAAUCUUGUUGCUAAUGUUUGCAAUGAAUUAUGAAUUCAUUUAUUUUCUUUUUGAAAAAAGUCAUAUUUUUGUGUUUGAGUUUAAGAUAAUUGGGCAGAGCUGUGUGCUUUAAGACUGUGUGUGGGUUACAAACUGGAGAGGUUUAAUCACUGACUCAUUCGGACCAAAUCACUCACUUGAAGAAAUCCCACAAUAUGAACUUUCAAUCAUGAUGUCUGUGAACAUGAGUAGAGGAUGUGUAGGGGGUUUAUGUACUGAAUGUGUGUAGAUUAGAAUAACAGCAGUGAUAUGAAAUUAUCAGGAGUGACGUCUGCCCUGGAGCCAUUAUGUCGCUUUUUUUUUUUCUUGUAAUCAGUUCUGUUCAGGUCAAAGUAUGUUACCGGCAUUUUUGUCUUUUCAUUGACACAGACAUUAGAGAGAUGUCAGGAAAUGCAGGGAGAGAAAAGGUGAAUCGCAACUUCCCAGCCAAACUUAACCUGCAGGCAUUGCAGUUACAUGGUCAGUGUCUUAAUAUGGGCUCAAAUGAGAUCCAGUAUGGUUUUAAGCUUGUGAAAUGAUGGUUGUUAUCACCCUUUUUAAAACUGGGGAAACUGUGAGAAAUUCAAGUUUGUGAACGUAGAAAACAUUUUAUUUUAUUGUGUUUUUGAGAAACUCAAAGCUUCCACAUUGCAUGACACUGUAGUUACAACCUGUACAGAAACACCAUGCUUUAGGCUGUUAAAGCAAGACCAAACAUUUGUACCCUUUAACUUAAGGCUGUGCCCCAAUUCCAUACCGAUUGCAAACAGCAUAUACUUUAUAUUAUUUUCAUUUUCUUGCUGUUUGCAUACAAGAAAACAACACACUAAAUUUAUACAAACAGGAAAUUAUACAAUACUUGUGCCAUUGUUCACACUGCAACUUUAAAAAUGCCAUUACUGACUUUAAGAUGUCCUAUGUGCAUUUCAUUGGAUUUUGGGGCGAUAGUGUACAUCAACAUGGAUUCGUUACUUUAGUGUUGCACAUAGUUUGGGAAGUUUGAGUGCUGAGUUUCUCACAGAGUUUUCUGCUUUUGAAUCUAUAUUGAGAUGUAACCCAAGUAUUUUUCCUAAGUGUUGAUGUGACCUUACUGUUGAUAUAAUUUGUGCACAGAUGUAUUUACUACAAAUCUUGCCGACAUAUUCACGUUUUUGCUUGCUUACAAAGACUGAUAUACAAGCACAGACUUCAGAAUUAUUUCUGAGCAUAAUUUCACAAACACAAAAUCUUACUGACCCUUAUUUGAGCCCACUGUCGUAAACCCUCCGAGGACACCAUGACACACCUAGGUUCAGUUUAGAGUUAAAAAAUGGAGAUAAACUUUUUUUUUUUUUUUUUUUGCAGAAGAAAUGAUAUCAUUUUUACAAGUAUGAUUUUUUUAAUCCUUAUUGCACUACAUAGCAGAGCCUGUGUUUUUUAUUUGUUUGAGACAGUACUACAUGUUGUAUGUAAUACUUACCUGUGAUUAGGUGUAAAUGGUUAACGUUUGAUUUUCUUUCAGUAGGAACACCAGCAAAAUAAUAUUAUCUGCUGUUAACUUUACUUUGUUAAAACGUUACUUUUGACCCACAUGGUGAGGAAAUUAAAUUAUGAAAUAGCAUAAUGAUAUAACAGGAGAAAUUACGGUAUCUAAAGUGCUAGGUGUCAAUCACACAUUAAAAGAGCCAAUAAAGGACAAAAUUUGAAAUGGGCAAAAUAAAUGACCAGAACUGAGAAUGUAAAGCAGAGAAGACAUUUGAUUGUGACUAUUGAGACUUGAGAAAUUGUUGAUAUAAACAUUUCAGUUGUGGAACAGUGAUUUUAUCAGAUGUGUGGUGAAUCUUAUUGUUAUUGGGAGUUGGAAUGGGAUGGGUUCAUGCAAGGUCAACCAGAUCACAUGCUGAAAUCUUUCUGAGUUAUGUCUUGGUACUAUUCUACUGGAAGGAGGAGGAGACGGUUGUUAGGACGUUGAUGAUGUGUUUUGACACGUUCAACAGGAUAAACAGCAUUAAUUAUUUCCUGCUAUGACAAGUUUAAGUGUAUCUUCACAGUCUUGCAUUUCAUGUGACUCUUACAGCAAAAGUUUGACAUUUGGGGAAAUGUACUCGUUUGCUUUCUGGUGGAGAGUUACUACAGCUAGCGUGUUUAUCUUCGCUUAGCUUAGUAUCAAGACUGAAAAUGAGCACAGCUUACAUGCACCUCUAAAGCUCUCAUAUCUCAUUUGUUUUGAAAAAAACGACUAUUUGCCGGUUUGUGGGAGGUUUAUGUGUGAGACUAUUCCUUGGCACUCAGGAGUUGCCAAGCAUUGCUGUUAGAAGUUACUGUAUGCGGCCAAGAAAUAGUCCCAAGUACUCCCACUAAAAUGGCAAAUUCUCACAAACAAACAAGAUAUAACAUGUCAAUUUGUGAGCUUAAGACUGUCAGGCUGUCUGUUUCUCCCUGUUUCCAAUUAUUGUGCUAAGCUAACCUAACCAGUUACCAGCUCUAGCCUUAAUUUUAUCGAACAGAAAUGGGAUAGAUAUAAAAUUUAUCAUCUGUUCUCCCCCAGAAAGUGAAUAAGCAUAAUUCCCUAAUUGUCUUCAGAUUUGUUUAAAUGCUCCGUAAAGUGGUUUUGCUCUUUUAUAAAUCCUUAAAUAUAAACUAAAUCUAAGAGGGAGUAU